CUCAAUCCUACCCCGCAGCGUCGAAGACCUGUUGCAAGCGCAAGGGGAGAACCAACCUUCACUAUGCAACACGUCACGUAACGGACAUGGUCGUCAGACCUACGACUUUGAUCCAUAAUGCGGAAACGAGACCGCAUUCAGAAUCACGUUCGCGCAUUGUUCGCGUCAAACACUACCCGUUCGGCACCAACCCACACAGCUCCACUGCCGCCUGCGCAACGACCGUCUUCUCCCCGGGCUCCACUUCCAUCGUCCCCGCCAUGUCCACCUGCAUCAAGCGCAGGUCUGUCGGCCGCACCAACGUCGCAUAGCUUGGUGCUAGAGAAGGCGUUAAGGAGAACAUUAGAGAAGCUCCCCGAAGCCGAGAAAGCAGCGUUUGCGCAGGCGUCGAAGACGAUCGACGAGCGAGCCCUGCUUUCCCGCGUACAAGCUUACGAUGCGGCGCACAAGGACGACUCAUCUUUUAGACCUCAUGCUGAGCGUCUUUCAAAGUUCCUGGGUCUACUCAACAGAUUCAUGGGAGGCGUGGCUAUAGGCAUCCAGGCGAGCCCCGAAAUAUCGGCUCUGGUGGUUGGCUCGGUCAGGGUCGUCAUCGACCUCGCCCUGAAGUUCACACUGUAUUUUAGCAAGCUAACUGACAUGAUCUGCACUUUUGAAGACUACCUAGGUCCUCUGACGGAAUAUGUGAAGGCGGCAGAUAUCAAUCUUGUAGAGACGACAGUGGUCAAUGCUUACGCGAACGCGCUCAGCUUUGGCUGGAAGGCGCGACGUGUGUUUGUUGACGACAACGGCGAUCAGCGGAAAUGGACAUCCCUCAGAGCAUUUAUGCGCCAGCACUGGGACACGUUCGAGUCAGAGUUUGCGACCAUUAAAGAAGAUCUGCAGCACCAUCUCGACGUACUGCUGCACUCUGUCCAGUCGCUGCAUUUUGACUUCUCCAGGAAGGCUGAGUGGGCAAGGCGGCGUGAAGAAGAAAGGAAAGAGAGAUCGGCAUUCCUCGCCUGGGUGUCGAGCAUCGACUUCGAGAAAACCCACCAGGACACUUUUACGAAGAAGCAAGAAAAGACAUGCGACUGGCUAAUAAGAGAGCCAAAGUAUCAGCAGUGGUUCAACAGCUCCACCUCAUCCCUCCUGUGGUGCCACGGAAAACCUGGGAUCGGCAAAUCCGUGCUUUCGUCGAACGUUAUUGAAGAUAUUACAACAAGGAUUGGACUGCGAGAGGAUGUCGCCCUUUGCUUUGCUUACUACAACUACCGGGACACGCGGCUGAAAGAGCUUCAUCAGAUCGUAGCUGCUCUGCUCAAGCAGUUGUGUCGAAGGAAAGACCGGUUGCCCUGCGACCUGCUCCAGACCCAACAUGAUGCCUUGCCUUCGUCUUUGGUAGGCACGCAGGAAAGAUUCGUAUCUCUCGUCACAGAUCUAUCUCAGGUAUACGUGGUGUUCGACGCUUUAGACGAGUGUCCAGAGCAAGAGCGAAAAGACAUCCUUGGAUUCAUCAUUGGUAUAGUGACGGCGCAGGUUCGAUGCCAUGUCAAGGUGUUUGUCACCAGUCGGAAUGAAAUGGACAUUGCCAAAGCCUUCGGAGACAAGCACAUACCUACGAUCCAGAUCCAGACCGAGAACGUCACCGCCGACAUAGAGACUUUCGCUCGCAGUCAGGUCGAAAAGCUUCAAGCUGGGGAGCAUGGAAAGACACUCUACGUUACCAAUAACAAACUCAAGGAAAAGAUCAUACGGACGCUCGCUACGAAGGCAGAAGGGAUGUUUCUUUGGGUUAAUCUUCAACUAGACAGCCUCUGUCAAGCCAGCAAGGCCCAUAAGGACCAAGUGGUGGAAGCUGCACUGGAGGCGCUACCCCAGGGCUUGCCAGACACCUACGUUCGGAUCCUAGAACGGAUCGAAGUCCAGUCCCCGUACAUGAGGGAUUUGGCAAUCAACUGCCUAGCUUGGACAGUCCAUGCUCGGAGGCCUCUCAGCACUCGGGAAUUACAACACGCGCUUGCGAUCAACUCGAAGUGCACAGUCAGACAGGAUUUACAGACCGAUCCUCCUCAAGUAAUCCUUGAGGCUUGUGGCAACCUACUAGAAGAAGCCAAUGACUCGAUCCGUCCGAUCCACUACACGGUGCAGGAGUUUUUGACAACCACUGUUCAAGGGCUGUCGCAACGAAGCAUACGAGCAAAACUUCUGGAUUUGAAAGCUGUGCACGGACAAUUGAGCUUAGCGUGUUUCGCGUACAUCCGACUAACAGCACUCAAAAGACCAGCUGAGUCAUAUGUUGACCUUUACCACCAACUUCGAAAAAACGAUUUCGCCGGCUAUGCAUGUCAGAACUUCGACUAUCAUGUUUUCAGUUGCGAAGAACCUGCCCUUGAUGUCAUGGACCAACUGGAGACGCUUUUGCGACAACAGAGUGCGUGUCUUGCAGCCAUUUUGCAGAUCAAGGUGUUGCGAGAUGGCCACGACUACUGGGAUAUCCUGGAGCGCUUCAAUCGCAUGGACUUCUUAGUAACUCCUGGUACGAUCGUGUACAGCACUAGUCUCUACAACAUUCCCAGCGUAAGGCAAAAAUGGGGCGACCAGACGCCCCCAACCUAUGCGUUACACCUGGCGGCUUCUGCAGGACUUACUAACGCUGUAAUUCGACUCCUACAGGCAGGAUGCGAUAUCAACGAGAAAGACAGCAAUGGCAGCACCCCGCUGUACUAUGCGUGCCUCCACGGCGACGUGGACACCGCUCAGGUGUUGACUAACAAAGACGCCGAGGUCAACGCGCAGGGUGGAAGAUACGGCAACGCACUGCAGGCAGCUUCAGCUGGAGGCCACGAGCAGGUAGUCAAGAUGCUGCUCGACAAAGACGCCGACGUCAACGCGCAGGGGUGGAGGGUGCGGCAACGCACUGCAGGCAGCUUCAGCUGGAGGCCACGAGCAGGUAGUCAAGAUGCUGCUGGACAAAGGCGCCGACGUCAACGCACAGGGUGGAUACUAUGGCAACGCACUCCAGGCAGCUUCAUACGGAGGCCACGAGCAGGUAGUCAAGAUACUGCUCGACAAAGGUGCCGAGGUCAACGCGCAGGGUGGAGGGCACGGCAACGCACUCCAGGCAGCUUCAGCUAGAGGCCAUGAGCAGGUAGUCAAGAUGCUGCUUAAUGCAGGUGCUCAUUAACACCAGGAAGACAAUUUUGUAUCAGGGCCUGAGUAGCUUUGCUCAGGCAGUAAGUAUUCUGAGUUAACGUAGAACAUGACACGGGGCACGGGAGAACAAGCCUGUGCAUGCAGCGGUAGAUGCUCCUAGAAAGCCGUCAGCAUGCGCCACAUCUAUUUUAAGAGCUAUACAAUGUAGGUAUAGCGCUGAAUU